AUGACUCUUCAGAAGUUGAACUCACAAGAACAGACCGAGGCUCUUGCCCGUCCAGAGCUCAGUGGCUGGUCCUUGGUCGAGGGACGUGAGGCUAUUAAGCGCACCCUCACCUUCAAGGACUUUAACGCCGCCUUUGGAUUCAUGACCCGCGUCGCGCUCUAUGCUGACAAGCAUGACCACCAUCCGGAAUGGUUCAACGUCUACAACCGUGUCGAAGUCACUUUGGCCACCCAUGACGUCCAGGGUCUUUCUGUCCGGGACGUUGAGCUCGCAAAGUUCAUCAACCAGAUCUACGUCCAAUAA